GGAAGUAUCAAAUCAUUCCUCGAAAAAUCAGCUCCCUUCCGAUGGUAUCCGGGUAGAUUCGUUCUAUAAGACGAUCCAAAACCCUAGAAGUAUUCGGAGAGUCAAACUAGAAACGUGAUCAAACAUCCGCAAGAGAAGAUUCAAUAUCUGAAUUAGUCGAUCGACUUCAAGCGAUUUUAAGGCAACAAAUCGUCAUCUUGAGCGUGGGCGCGACGCGAAGCAUCUUGAGAAACACAAUCGACAUCUAGAAAAUAAUCGACUGACGAACUGAUCCUUCUCUUUGAAAUUUCUACUUCUCUCUUAAACCUGGUGGCUACUGCAUCGAAUUUCUUUAUUUCUCAUUCUAAUGUAAGAUUUCUCUAUUUCGAUUCUUUACUUCUCGUUCUAUACUUCGCAUAAUCCCAGUCCUGGCAUUAUGCUUUCUGAAGCAUAGCUUCACCGAAAACGUAAAGAAUUAUGAGAGGUUUUCGAUUUCUAAAUUGGUUUUGGGCGAGUUAGACUGGAUUCUCAUCUCUCUUAUUUUGUUUUCUUUUCACAUGCCAACUCCUGAAACAAUAAUUUCUCUACUUCUCAUUCUAAUUUCUGACUGAUUUGGAGUUAUGAUUUUUUUUGGUCGGAUUUCUGAAGCACAAGCCACGAAAAGAAGUUUUGAAGAAGCUUGAGGCUUUCGAUUCUAAAUUGGGAUUAGGAGUAGGACUGUUUGUCGGUUGUUAGAGGACGAUUACAGUAGAAAGAGUGAAAAUCGAUAAUCGAAUUCUUUUCUGUUGCUUUAGAAGCCGAUCGAUGUGGAAGGGAAGUGCAUGAAGACGAAAGGAUGAACGAGGUUAACCGGUUUGACUUUCUCGCAGAUGACAUCCUUUCAGAUAUCCUUAAAAGGCUUCCGGAUGCUUUCCUUUGUUAUAAGGCUAAGUAUGUCUGUAGAAGAUGGUUCAAUAUAUGCACCAACACUAUCUUGCUAGACGAUGCUUCUUUUAUCCUCGAGAAAUCAAGUGGAAUUCACACAUCACGUCUUGUGGGUGUAAGGGAAGAACAACAAGGACUAGAAGUGAAAGAGCAAAAACUUGACAUACCUUUUGUAAGGAUAAAGUCUUGGUAUAACGAGUUUCUUAUGAUAAUGGAUUGCUCCUGCAGCCUGUAUGUUUUCAAUCUAAUCACCAACCAAAGAUCAUAUCUUCCCGAAUGCCAUACAAUUUGUAGACCACACUUUACUGACAGAUGUGGAGUGGCCCUUUGCUUUGAUGGAUUCAAGGGAGUAUACAAGGUCGUUCAUGUUUUUAUUGGCCCACCAUUCCAAUGUCAUAUUCUUAUCUUGGGAAGUGAGAUCGGCUCGUGUGUUACCUCAAUUUGGAAAAGGGUGGAAGUUGGUUUUGGUUGUGAUACGGAGGACUGGCAGAUUUAUUGGAGUGACCCGGUUUCAGUUCAGAUUCAAGGUAGAUUUUUUCAUUGGGGUGUUCAUUGUUCUAAAUACCUUGUUUCUGUGGAUAUGGUUAAAGAGGAAAUUUACCAGAUGAGCCUACCGGGUUCCGAUGAUCAAUUGUGCAGCCUAUAUUCUAUUUUUGAGAUGGGUGGUUUCCUCACUCUCAUUGAUGGAGUUUGUAGGGGCAAAGCUGACAUAUGGGUUCUUAAAGAUUUUCAAAGGAUGAAGUGGGAGAAGUUGCUGUCAAUCUCUCUCCCGGAUUAUUACGUUGAAAAAUAUCCUGUUACUUGUUUUAUAUCUCCUGUCUGUGGCGUGAUAAGUAAGAGAUAUAUCAUCUUCAGAAAACGUAGAUGUGGUAAGUAUUGUAGUUAUGAUCUGAAAGAUGGAGUUGUGAAGGAGCUAAACAUCCAUAUUGAAUGUGGUGAUCGUUAUGUGGUUCGUUCAUCAGCACCAAAGUUUGUGUAGUGUAAUACAUGAAUGAUGUUGUCAACAGUCAUUUUACCAAUAUACAUAGGACAUUGAAGGACCUAUUCAAUAUUUAAACUCCUCAUUGUGUCAUUGUGUGCAUAUCAUAAUUGGAUGCCGUGUUUUUGUCUA